AUGUUGUUGCCGGAACAUAACGAAAAUGUGGUUGAUGAAUAUGACGAUGUAGUCCAUCAUCCUGACGAUACAUCUGACAAAAUCGAAGGGUUUGAAUAACUUGAUGAGUUCAAGAUAUACGAAUGUAUUUAUUGAUAUUAUCUAUUUUGUCUCUAGGGAUUUGCCGUUGGAAAAAUUAUUGAAAUUGUCGAAAGUAUUCAAGACCGGUAUUGAAAAAGAUUUGAAUACAUUUAUGGUAAAUAUAAAUAAUAAUAAAUAAUCGUUGCUUAACGACGUUGGAUUAAAUUGAACGUAUUUUUUUUUUCAGGAAGAAAAAAUAACCAUGAUAAACGAAAUGUCUGGAAUAAGUUACAUAACAACACCGAAUGAGAAAUCUAUCGAAAUAACUGAGAUUCGUGAGAAACCAUUGCUCUUUAAACAUGAGGUUUGUUACACUUACACAAUACUAAAAAAAUUAUAAAUACGUAUAAUUUAAAUAGAAAAUAAUUCGAAUCCAGGGAGAUUAUAAUGAUUUGUUUUCGAGGGAUAAUAGUGAAACAAUUCGUAAUUUAAAGCAGGAAUUAUUGCAAAAUGUACAAGGUUCCUCGAACAUUAAUCAUAAUGGAAAUGAGUUUAAGUUAGAACAGGUAUAAAUUAAAUAGUAUGUUCCUAUCUACAAUACUUAUGAUUUUUCAAAACACUUUUAGGAAAAAGUAGAAUUUUCUACCGGUAUGAUGUCAUCAUUGCAAAACAAAAUCAGCGAGCUGUAUCAUAUGUUAAACAUUAAUCAAAGUAUCGAAGGAAAAUCAAAUAAUCUAAAAAAGAUCCUCGAAGUAGAAAAUAAAUGCCAAUAUUGGAUGGAUAAAUAUGAUGAAUUAAACGAAAAAUACUUGCGAUUGGAAUCUAAAUAUGUUAACGUCGAAAAAGAAAAUUGUAGUAAGAAAAGAAAUUAAAAACAAUUGCACUAUUACCUAUAUUUUUUGAUUUAAUAAUACUUAAAUUGGAAAUCGUACAAAAAUAAUAAUAAUAAAAAUAAGUGGGUUUUGAAUCGAAAUAAACCGUUUUGGAUGAAUCACAAGUAUCAUAAUAUUUUAACAUAAUUUUAAGCUUUAAUAUAACGAUAAAUCGUUGCAUACGAAUCAGUCGAGAUCGCGCUUAAAUUUUUCUUAAAUUUUUUUCAAGUCGUACUGUAUUAUAUAUUUUUAAUUACAUAUAAUCGUUUAUAGAUAAAACUUAUGGCGCAUUUUUACUGCUCCGAAAAAUGGUUAUUGAGAUAAAAUAAAAGACAUUGUCUAAUAGGUAAUAAUUUUUCCUUCUGUUCUAAACUCGUAUAUUUGAAAAUCGAAAAAUAUUAAUUUAUAAUUUAUGUACGCAAGUACCUGCAUUUUUCGGCAGGGCUAACAAUGGUAUACCUACCUAUGUUUUAAACUUUGAUUUAAUAAAUUAAUAAAUUAUCGAUCAUUGAUCGUUUUGAAACACGAAAAUUAAUAAUAAAUUCAAAAAUAUACGAGUACUUAAUUUAAAAUGUAUAUAGGAGUAUACAACUUACGGUUGUAAUGUCGUACGCGAUCUACUAAAGAAUGUCAAAAUCGAAAAUAUACAUAAUUAUACACAUGUUAUAAUAUUCAAAACAUGUUCCAAAUACGAUAAAAUAUAAUAUGAUAUAUAAUAUUUGCCAAAUGUUAUAUAUUAUGUAAAAUACACGGAUCGUUAUUUGUAUUUUUAGUAUUUUAAUUAUUAUUUAAAGUUUUUCAAUAACUUGUUCAAUAUUAUUUUUAUUAGUUUUUGAUUUUUGAUUAUGUAUAAUGAACUCGGAAAUUUUCCAUUAUUUAUAACGAAAUAAGAUGUGUAAAUUGUUUAAAAAGCAAACAGUUGUUACCCCAAAAUGAGAAACUAAUUUGACAUAUAAUAAAAUACCUAUAGGACGGUGUCAUCUGUGGUGGAAAUCUUAAAGAAAACCUAAAAGAACAAGUAAAAAUGAAAUUUAGAUGGAACAUUUAAAUUAAUAUUAAUACGCACCAAAAAAAGGUGUCAAACUUUCCAAUCAAUAUGUAGUAAUAACCAGUUUUUUUUGUAAACUGAUCUAAACGGUAAAUGUAAUAUUAAGUUCACUCUAACAUAACUAACAUAAUCGAUCCAUCGAGGUUCUUAUUGGUAAGUCAUAAAAAGUGAUACGAUAUUGAAGUAAGGGAUGCUUCACGACCUUUACUUGAAAAACAGUUUAAAGUAGAGUAGUGGCGAUCAUUUCAUCUAUCCAUAGAUACCAUAUUUGACGAUAUCCUUGCAGAUAUGCAAAUGACACAAAAAAGGGGAGGCAUGGCUUCUAGGUUGAAAAACUCUGAUUUAAGGAAAUUAAAAUAGUAAUUUAAUGAAUUAGUAUAAUAAGAAUAAUGAGUAAUGAAUUAAUUCAUUUUAUUAGCUAUUAUAAAAAUAAAUAUAAAUAUAUUAUCGGGAUACUAUUUAAAAACGAGUUUAGUAGAUCGCGUACUACAUUACGAUCCAACUUACUGUAGAAUUAAAUUAUAUUUUUAUUGGUUUUUUUUUUCGUGCAACUUUUGAAGUGUAUUUAGCAUUCAAUAGUAAUUGUCAAGAUAAAAAUAAAUGUCGUUUUAUAUUAUAAAAAAUUCGACUGAUUAAAUAGGUUAUCUAAUGGAAAUAGCAAGAGUUAAAAUGAUUGAAGAUGAAAAUCUACGUCUUAAUCAAACAAUUGAUAAAUCAAAUCAUGGUAUGUAUAUUAUAAUUGUGUUUCUUAUAUUUUUUUAUGAGUAUAUGAUAUUUUACCAAAAACUACAAAUUAACGACCAAUUAUCGAUAAAAACUAUAAAACUAUAAACAUAUACAAAAAUACGCUGACAUAAGUACAUUUGUAUUAAAACGAUAGAUAAAAUAAAGUAUCUUUUUUCCUCUUGCUUAGUCUUGGUCAGUAAAGACUAUAUACCGCUAAAACACAUAUUACUUUUUUAAUUAUCUCUUUUCUCUGCUAUUUCCGUCCAUUGACUGAUUUCACCAGCUUUGCAUCUCUCUAAAUGCAAUCCACCCAUCUUAACCACGUAAGGGGCUAUCUUCCAACGGGGUCUUCUUUAAUCAACUUUUUUUUAUUCUAUUUUACUUUUUAAAAUUAAAUUACUGUUUGUUAUAACAUAUAUUAUAUUAUGUAUAGUAAUUAUUAAUUAGUUAAUUUAUUAAAUAAUUAGUGUUAUUAUUAAUAUGUAAUAUAUUGAAAUGUUAUUUUACAAAAAGUUUUUUUAUAUAUAUACAUAAAUAUAGUUCGUAAAGAAUUAGAAUCAGCAUUGGAAUCGUGCCAUAGAGUUAUAUCUAACUAUCAAACCGACGCGGAGGUCGCUCGAAAUAAAGUCAAAGAAGCAGUCGAAGUGGUAGAUAAAACAUAUUCAGAGAAAGAACGACUCGCGACCGACUUAAAAAUAGCAAAUGGUUUUUAUAAAUUUUCAUAUUUUGAGAUAAUACAUAAUAAGUAUCUAGUUAGUAAUUAAAACGAACAGGACGUUUUUAAUAUAAUUGCAUUUUAGAAGAAAUUGAGAAAUUGAAAAAUGAGCUAAAAACGCUGAUACAAGAAGCCGGUAAAAAAGUUAAUUUAGAAGUCGAAAAGGUGAAGACCAUGUACAAAGAUAAAUUACACCAGACAAGUGUCGAAAUCGAGUUUCUGCGUACUGUGCGUAUAUUAUAACAAUAUUAUUAUUAUCAUUAGUUAGAUACAAAAAUAGGUGAGAAAUUGGGAAAGUAGUAGAGGGGAUAUUUAAUGUAUAUCUGAAAGCAACGAUAAACCAUUGCUAACGAAAAAACGAUUCUGAGCGGAGUUCAGCUGAAAGUGGUACUUUGUGAACGAUAUAUAUGUCAUAUUACUAAGGUAAAAUAAUAGCACAAGCAUUAAAUAUAUUCUUUAAUAAUAUUUGUGUAAUAUUGUACCUAUUUUUCCAUUUUUCCUAUGUUUAUCCUGGUUUUCCCAUGUUUUUCCCGGUUUUUCUCAUUUAUUGGGAAAACUCCUGUAAACCAAAAAUGACCUUCUUAUAUUACCUCCUCAGUCCUAUUUCCUUUUAGAAAAUGUGUUGCACUUGUAAAUCGGAAUAAGAUUUUUGAUAGAAAAUUUGUCCCCAGAAAAGUAAAAUAAAAUAAAAAAUGUCAUACGUUAGACGUUAUCUUUAUGUCUUUGUAAAACCAUAAGCUUCUCCGCUCUACUCAGAAUCUAAAAUAAUUAUAUCAACCAUGAAUAUACCGAGUUAUUUCUUCAAACUUGUAUUACAUUUUCUUCGAUAUAUCUCGUGCGUCAAAUUGAAUAUUAUAUAUAUAUAUAUAUAUAUAUAUAUUUGUAUUUAUGUUUUUUUUUAGGAAAGUCAGAUUGCGGGUAAUAAAAUAAAACAACUGGAACAAGAAAAUGGCAUUUUAAAUCAAAAAUAUACAUCGAUCAAUCAGAAAUAUAUGAACGAACUAGAUGUAUAUUCCAAAAAAGUGGCUAGUAAAGUGCUCGAAGUUGAAGAACACGAAGUUAUAUCAGGUAAACUGAUAGCCGAUAUCGAAACUCUUAAAGGAACUAACAGAAAGCUCCAAGAAAGGUAUGUACCUGCAAACGUUUUGUAAAUUUAAUUUAAUAAACAUAAUGCAGUUUACACUGGACAUGCAAUUUCAAAUAUAAAUCAUACCGAAUUGAAUAAUUAAUUUACAUAGUAAUUAUACGAAUUAACCAAUAUUAUAAAGGUAUUUUGCUUAUUUGUUAAUGUAUCCAAAUUUAUCAAAUAAUCAUAUAAAAUAUAAAUGAUUAAUACAAAAAUACUGUAAUAAAAUAAAUAUUUAUUGUGUAUUUUUACUGUUUUAUGAACAAAAUGAAAUUACAUUUUGGUCAUACUAUAUGUAAUCAGGCACAUUGUCCGUGGGGUCUGGACACCUACCAUGGACUACCUCCAUCGAAAUUUAUAAUUCUCCUUAUUUUUCUACCCAUUAAGUUUUAAUUUCUUUUCACUCCAGACAAUUAUUGGUAUAUGGUGAUAAAUUAUAAAUUUGGACCCUCCUACCACCACAAAAAACAAAAAUCCUAGCUACGUAUCCGUGUACAAUUAUUGUCUUUAUUACUAUUAAACGUUUGCUACACAUAACACAUAAUACUUAAAAUAAUACGAAAUUGUAAUUUCGAUAAAUCAAAACAUUUUUAAAUUUGUAAAAAUAUAUAUCAUUUAAAAUAAAUUUUAAUAAAAACUCUAUUAUAUAUUUAAUAUGUAUUCAUAUGAGUACAACCAAUAUCAAUCACGCUUAAUCAAAUUCGCAAUACUAUUAUAAAUUAUAAGUAAAACAUACUUCUUUAAACCUUAUCAUUUACCUUGUUUACAGUUAUGUGAGAAAAAAAAACAAAUAUGCAAUGGAAAUAGAAUUUUUAAAGGACACUACAAAAACCCUUGAAGAUAAUUUAAAUAAAGCAUUAAAUGAAAUUGCUAACGAUAACAAAAAUAUUGUGGAAGCUACAAAUACAAUAAAAAUAUUGGAAUUGGAAAUUAUUAAGUUGUAAGAAUAUUUCCGUAAACUGCUUAUUAUUAUCAGGGUUCGAGACUGAUAGUGUUUCUUUAUUUUGGCACAGAGAGCUAUGGAAAUAUAUGUCAUGAUACGUUCAAUUAUGAAAUUUGAAGAGCUUUGUUUUGCUUAUUUCGAUAGUUAAAAAAAAUGAUUCCUACUAGUUUUUUUUUUUUGCUUUUUUAAUAUUAUUUAAAUGUAUAUUUAAGGGCGAUAAUGAAGUGUUUUUAACGUUUUUUAGUUGAUUUUUAGUACUAUAAGUCCUGAACCCUAGGUAAUUAGUAAUAUUGAAGAAUAGUAUAUUUACUAUUAUAUUGUAGGCUCGAUUUAUAAUAUUAUAUAGAUUGGAAAGGUUAAAACUAUAUUUCAUAGAACUCUAAUAAAUAAAAAAAUAAUAAAAUAAUCAUUGUUGUAAAACCAAUUCUAUAUUACACCUAAUUUUUGUUUUUGACUACAAAUUCCGACUUAUCAUGAACCUUCUAUACAACUUUCAAGCAUUUCUGUAAAGUCUAACAAUAAUAUUCAUAUAGUAUCUAUCGAAUCAAAAUUGUAUGAAAAACUUGCAAAAUUAAAAUGUCUAUAAAUAGCUCAAAAAUAGGUUCAAAUUUUUUGAAAAUGUUUCCAUGUUUAGAAAAACAAAUUUAAGUUUUCUGUUAAAAUCUCAAGUUCUUACGAAUAUUUUAAACUGAAUCAAAACAAACAACAAAAUUGAAAAUAAUAAAUUUCGUAAAUUUUGCCGUUUUUCUACAUUUUUUCCCAAUUAUUAUGAAAACCCUUUGGAAAAUCAAAAACUGACCUUUUUUAAAGUACCACCCGGAUAAAAUUUUAUUUUAGAAAAAAAAUGCUACACUUAAAAAUGAAAGUAAGAUUUCUGGUACAAAAGUUGUUCGGAGAAAUAAAAAAUAAUAAUAAUAAACAUUGUAAAACCAUUACACUCCUCGCUUCGCUCAGAAUCUAAAAUUAAUAGUUAUGCAUUUGAUUUCAAUUAAAAAUUGGGGUUCCCACCCUAAAUUCUUAUCUGCGGACACCCUUGUUUUCAUUUCACAAAAAUAUCAUUAAAUUAAAAAAAAAAAAAAACCGAAAUUAUAAUUCUGAUAGGUACCUAUUAUGCGUUAUAUAGCGUUAUAAUAAAGUUACAUUUUUUUUAGGAAAGAUGCUUAUUAAACAUGAUGUACAGUUAUAAUAUUAAAACAAUGUACAUACUGUAUAUUGUUUUUAAUGCCAAUUAUAAAUAUAAUAAAAAUAGCAUGGAAAUAUUGAUUAUGCAUAUAAUAUAUUCCAUGAGAAAUAAUUCGAUUAAAUGUUUAAUAUGAUUGUUGCUGUUAUAGGAAACGACCAGAAAACAAUCUCAACGAGAAAAAUAAACAAAUAAAUGAAAUUGUUGAGGUCCACAAACAAACUAUAAACAUGUAA